AUGAGACCUAUCAACAAUAUUAAACUGACAUUCUCUUUCAUAUUACUUUCCAUAACUUUUUGUAGUGGAUUCAAAGGAGUUGAUAUAAAGAAAUCUUACUGUACCUGUGAAUGGAAAAAUAAACAUAAUGAAAAGGGAAUGGGCCGUAUUAUUGGAGGAGACGAAGCUGAUGAUGGGGAGUACCCUUUCAUGGCUGGCCUCUUUGAAGAGGCAGAUGGGCUAGUGGAAUCAGUGCAAUGUGGAGCCACUAUCCUAGGUUCUUUGCAGCUGUUGACUGCUGCACAUUGUGUCAACCCUUCAUCUAACUAUUCAGUGGUUAUUGGAGUUCUAGGACUCUUCGAUCCUGACUUGACAAAUAUAAGAAAAGUAUCAAAAAUUGACAUCCAUCCUGAUUUUGAUGAGAAUACUUUAGCUGGUGAUAUAGCUUUGCUUACUGUGGAUCAUCCUCUGGACUUCAGUUCAAGAAGGAUUGGUCCUGUCUGUUUGGGUCAGAAGAAGAGAAAAAUUCAUUCUGAAUUCAGGAUUGUUGGCUGGGGCUGCUUGAGCAAUAUGUCCACUCCACAAUAUCUUCAGGAAGUCUCUGUAGAUGAAUAUGAUUACGAUAACUGUUACAGUCGAGGUUUGAUUGAUAAACACGACAGAAAACAGUUUUGUACAUUGUCAAGGAAUAAAGGACCUUGCUUGGGAGAUUCUGGAGGUCCAGUGCUGCUUUUCGAUGCUGAAAAAGAAACCUACACCUUAGAAGGAAUAGUCUCGAAGGGACCUGAAGAUUGUAGGACAUUGCCAAGUGUUCAUAUCGAUAUUCACCAUCCAGAAUACAUCGAUUGGAUAACAGAAAGAUCUAUAGAUCAGAUCUGUUGGAUUAAAAAUUUACCAGAUGACAGAGAUUGGACAUCAAGGAGAAAAAAUAUUUUAGAAUAUGUGAACUAG